CAGGCAGCUGAACAAGGCUAUUUUCUUAAAGAGGAGUUCCAUUAUCUGGACGUUACUCAGAUCAGAAAGUUCACGAUAUUCGACAUGUUUCAUUGCGCCCUGGCGUGCCUACGAAAUAAUUUGUGCCUCUCUUUAAACACAGCCUCUUCUCGUGGAACAGAAGGAAUGCUUUGGUGCGAAUUACUGUCCUCCGAUAAGAACAGAAACGCUGAGAACUACCACAAAAACACAAGUUCGCAUCAUUUUUCCAUUCUGCGGGUAAGAACACUUUAACCAUUGUGUUAAACUCUAGCACAAGGCAUUUGCAAGGGAAAGUAUUUAAACGUACUUGUCCUCGACGAGGUAUGCUCAUUCACAGCUAUCGCAAGUACUGUUCAAGUAUUCACUGCGUGGUCUUAGCAAUCAUUUCCUCUCUUUCAGUCUCCAUGUUCUUCAUCGCCGUGUCAAAACAAAGGAACCUGCAUCCCGAAUUAUAACUCCAACACUUUUGAUUGCCUUUGUAAAGACAGUUUCUUGGGAGAAUUUUGCGAGAAAGGUAAUUCAUGAAUAUUUUUUAAAUAUCUUUCUGUCUCUCUCUUCGAUACUUUUCUUAGCAGUAGAAUUCAUCUGGCUCUGACAUCACACUCUAUCUUUCAGCUGUAAAAUCAUGCAAGGAAAUAUAUGAGGCAAACAAGUAAGAGGCUUUAACUGUUUACUCAUUUAAACAUGUCUUUGCUUAAAAUCUUAUCAUCUGUGUCACUGAAGACGCAGAGGUGGCCAGCUGGUCAAAACCACGUUGGAUCUUAAAAACAGGGUUCGGCGACAUAUCAGUCAGGAAGUUUGAUGCGUACAUAAGGAUAAAGAUUGGCAUCAUAAGAGAUUCAAUGACUUAUAUUACUUCUCCAAUUGUAUUUUUAACAGAUCAAAUGUGAGUAAACUUGUUUCUCUCUAUCUGGGCUCACAACCAACCUCUGUUCUCUGUCACAUGGGAGAUUUUGGAUGCGGAGAUGGAGGAUGGACACCAGUCAUGAAGAUUAACGGCAACAAGGUAUCGUAUUGAACAGCUUUUCCUCAUCAAUGAUAAUUACCCUUCCGCAAAAUAAGUUUGACAACACUCGGAAAGUUCAAUGAAUCAUGCACAAAAUCACGUUACGCCCAGUUAGCAAAUGAAACUGCUUAAGUUUUUUGUCACUCACCUUGAAAUGUUGAUGAAUAUGAAAGUCGCAUUUUCAAUUGGUUCCGUCAUUGUUUCACUGCUUUGUUGAAAAAAUUCUUUGACAAAAAGGCAAUGAAAGAAGCAGGUUUAUGGUAUUUAUAACCAGAAACGCUUUUGAAAAUUUUUUUUCAGUCUACUUUUCACUAUCGCUCGAAUUACUGGAGUAAUAAAACUGAAUACAACACCGCUGGAGGGGAGACUGGGUUCGACUCACAGGAAACGAAGUUACCUACUUACUGGAACACAUCCUUCUCCAAGAUCUGUCUCGGUAUGAAGAUCGGUGAACAGAUCAGAUUCAUUGUAAUCAAUAUGAAAGCCAGCUCUCUUUACUCACUGAUCGCUGACGGAAAACACCGACGCACCUCAUUGGGUCGUGAAACGUGGAAGAAGCUCAUUGGCUUAGAGGCCUCCCUGCAAAUUAACUGUAACAGGGAAGGGUUCAACGCUAAGAGUGGCGGGUUGCUUUUCGCCAAAGCAAGAAUCGGCAUCGUUUCCAACAACGAAAAUCAUUGCUUCUAUAGUGACUCAAGGAUUGGGUUUGGUACCGGAGGGGACCGGGAUGACAACAACACGUGUGGAAACGAGGCUUCUCAUCGCCCAGAUAAUGGAGACAAGCAUAUUAAGGCCAUGGGAUAUAUUUUAGUACAUUAA